GAAAAAAUGAGCGAUAGCUGAAUUACCUAACGAAAACUUAAGCGUUUUUUUAUGAAUAUUACUGAAGUAUAAAUGAGCAACUGGUUCUCCUAUGCUUAUCCACUCAGCCAUGGGACCCCCACAGGUGAACAGGAUUUGGGUGACUUUCGUCACUCUCGUAGCACUGUCCUGGACAAUAGCAUCUCCUUCGAAGGGCAAUGUUGUCAACAUCGAGAAACCUUACUGGCAACCACGAUCCCUGGGACAAGUGCCCUUGAAGCAUGCAGCCUUCAUGGAGAUGUAUUACACACCUGACGAAUCCCUCGAUUUCAUGGACAGGUGGAAUCUGUACAUCUCAUCUUUCGACCCCCUUGGCGGUCUUGACGAAGUAUACAGAAUGAAGGCUCCUGGAAAGCACCUGGACAAUAUCACUGCCUGGAAUAUUGAGGUCAUGGAUAAGUCAGCUUACUGGCCGAAUAACCCCGAUUAUCUGCCCAGUUCCAUAGGAGGUUCUGAAGGCGUCAUCUGGACUUCAGGAUUUCUGGUGCCCGGUAAAGAACUCGGCAAGUUACAAAUGUAUGACACUACAAAAGAUCCCGUGGACGGACCCUAUAACAUAGCCAGUUUGGACUCGAAAGAAUUUUCCUACCACCGGGUCAGGUGGAUGGAUAUGGACCUUGACGGCGACCUUGAUGCCGUGACUGCCCGGUUCCACAUCCCACUUCUUGGAUGGCAAACCCACCAGCUCGUCUGGUUCGAGAACGAGGGCAAAGGAUUCUCCGAAGGAUGGGUCGAGCACGUCUUAAUCAACGGGCCGGACGUCCACUUCGACUUCGUCACGCUGACCGCCGAAGGAAGGACCUACGAAUGCAUCGUGGCUGGAGAGUUCCUCAGCGAGAGGAUAUCUAUCGUGUGGACGGAGAGCGAGACGGGAGACUGGAGCGAUCCUUCUCAGGUAGGCUACAGAGUAAUCAACGAGAACGCAGGACAGGUGUUCGACGUCCUCGUGGGCGAUUUCAACGAAGAUGGCGUGCAGGAAUUCAUAGCUACCGAAUACAAGACGGAUACAGGGUUCGGUCAAGUCACUGUCUACCAGUUUCCUGAGGACUUCAGAACGGGUGAUUUCCCUAACUUCAUCAUAGCCGACGGAUUCAAACCGCAUCAGUCCCUUAUGGGGCAAACCAUGUCUCCUGGAACGCCAAAAGCUUUCUACCCGACGGCCGCUUACGCCGAAGAGCUCGCCGAGGACGGCAGACCCCACAAACCUUACAUCCUCCUCUCGGGAGACGAUGAUGGCAAAAUGUAUAUCCUGGACCCAGCAACGGAGGACCGGGCUAACUGGACUUACACGAAAAACAUUUUGACCGACACCCAAAAAAUGACAGUCGGAAAAAUGGCUCACGGAGACAUCGAUGGAGACGGUUACGAGGAGGUCAUAGUAGCCGGGUACACUGUAGGCGAAAUAUACGUCUACACCUAUGCCCCUUAAUUGGUCUCUCGUCCUUCCCUAUUCCAAUUAUCAAUUCACAAUCCUUUUAAAACAUUCCGGUGAUAAUUACUUACCAUUAUUUUUUAUUUGUGUCUUAGUUUCAUUUCCCCAUUCAUGUUAUUAAUUUACUGUUACUUCAUAAUUUGACUGAUGGAAGUAAAGGCGGUUUAGAA